AUGUCCCCCGCCAUGAAGGGCUCCCGGGAGACGCAUCCUGAGGCUCGAGCGGGCGCUCAGAUCGCCCGCAGACAGCUUCUCACCGGCGUCCCUCUCGCGGCGCUCGCCGCGACCCUCCCACACGGUCUGUUCGACGUAGCGCCGGCGCACGCAGCGGACGGCGCCAUCACCACGGUCUUCGUCGCGGGCGCGACGGGCAACACCGGCCGCCGCGUCGUCGCGGAGCUGCGCGCCCGCGGCUACAGCGUCAUCGCCGGCGUCCGCGACGAGAAGAAGGCCGCGUCGCUCGGACUGGCCGCGGACGGGGGGGUCAAAGUGGUCCGCGCGGACGUGACGGAGCCCGCGGAGAAGCUGGCGGGCGUGAUGCAGGGCGCGCAGGCGGUCAUCAUCGCCACGGGGUUCCGCCCGCUCGACUCGAAGAACACUGCCGCCAAGGUGGACUUCGAGGGGACCGUGCACGUGCUGGACGCCGCGCGGCAGGUCGGCGCGACCAAGCUCGUGCUCGUGUCCUCCCUGCUCACCAACGCGCGCGAGGUCGGGCAGGAGUCAAACCCGAACUUCAAGUUCCUCAACGCGGGCUUCCUCGGGAAGGUCCUCGACCAGAAACGGUUCGCGGAGCGCGCGAUCGCGGACUCCGGGAUCGACUACACCAUCGUGCGCCCGGGGGGGCUGUCCGGGGAGCCCCCGCUCGGGGCGCUGCGCGUGUGCCCUGAGGACACGCUGUUUGGGCUCGAGGGGGACCCGGGGCGCGAGAUCAGCAGGGACACGGUCGCGGCGGUGUGCGUGGAGGCUCUCACGGCGCCGGGCGCGUCGAAGAAGGUCGUGGAGAUCGUCGAGGCGGCCGGGAAGACCGCGGUGCCGCGGUCAGACUGGUUCUCCGGCGCGAUCUGCCGCGUGUGA